AUGGACCUCAACCCAAUUUUCGCCAAACAUUUGGAUCUUUAUGAAAUACUCAAAUUUUCGGUUCAAGUACCUGAAGACGUAACGGCGAUCGGCGCUAUUCAAAUCAAGCGUAAUUUUAGACAGCAGGCAUUAAAAUACCAUCCUGAUAAAAAUCCGAAUAAUCCAGCUGCUAUCUCCACCUUUCACCUCUUGGAAGUUGCUUCGAACCUUUUAAGCAAUCCAGAUAGCAAGAACAAGUACGAUCAAUGGUAUAUCCAAACUUUUCUACGUCAACGCAAUCUGGAUCUUCAGAGGGAGCAACAAAGACAGAAACUUUAUAAUCGUGAACAGGCCACUUCCCCACAGACAAACAGGACAUACGAUACUACGGAUCAUGAAAAAUAUGGUCAACUACUUCGAAAAUUGAAGCACUUUAAGAUACCUUAUGGCGAUUGGCAACAUUUCGACAAAAGUCCCCGGCACCCGCUCGGCAGGCUGCGAGAUUCCUGCACUUUGAGACUGGAACUUUCAAACAGUAGAAAGUCACAAGAUAAAAAUCUUCUCAUGGACUCACUUAGUUAUGCAUUUCAGACUAAAGUAACAAAAGUGUAUUAUUCGUCCAGAAAUGAUUAUAAAAAUGAUAACAUUAUUGUCGCAUAUGCCACCUUUGACACCAUACAAGAUACCCUACGCAUUUUACAGGAAUGGAAUUCAUGUUUAGAACCAGGCCAUGCGGAUAGCACCCGGCGGUCUGGUAUUGAAGGCGUCUCUCCUAAAGUGUCCCCUUCUAUCUUUACAUACCGAGCCACCACUGAGCUGAGACCUGAGAUACAAGAUGCACUGACAAACAGAACUAUAGUAAUAGAGUGA